AAAGAAUAUCCUUUAUUUGAAAUUAAGUACUUUCACACAAUUACUUUUGUCCUAUAUAAUAUAUGUGUGUGAAUUUAUUAGUAGCUUUUUUGCAGCAAAAAUCAAUUCAAAAGUUUGGUGGGGUUCAAGUGGUUGGUCUUUCCCAAGAAUAAAUUUUGGAUCUUUUUUGGGACUGAUUUCAACAAAAGGUCAACUUUAUUGAAAUUCAAGGGGUAAUUUGUUUCUCCUAAUCUGAUCAAUUUUAUAGCAUAAACUGAGGAGUAGGGUUGAUCUUGAAAUGGAUUUGGUGUAGAAAAGUGAAUGCUUUUUUGGGUUUACAUUUUUUUUUUCCUACGCGAAUUGGAGCAAUAAAGUGCUGAAUCUCGGUCGUUCGUGGCAGCAAGGCCACUUGCAAUAUCUCGUCUGAGUUUGCAUUGAUUGUUGAAUCUUGGAAAGAGAAGGAGGAGGUUGAGGAUGGCAGUUCCAUGGAGUAUGACACUGUGGGUGGCUAAGAUGGUGUGGGUGGCAUUGAGUGGUUGGGUAGUCUCUUGCUUGACUAUUGCAGAUGAGGUUGCUGGCUCUAUUCGAAGUGGCGAUAUUGGUCCUUUUCAUGUUGGUUGAGUGGUAUUUGUACAGCAAAAUAGGGUCCAUCAUGUUGUGGUUUGUUCCUAUCAAUAUGUGGGGUCAUUUGUGGAUAGUCUUUCUUUCCUUUUAAUUGUUCUUUUUGGUUUUCAUUUUGUGAAUUGUUGCUUGGUUCUCACAGAUUUUGUAUAUAUCUGGAUAAAUAUCAUUUACAGCAGUUCAAUUAAUUGUUCUUCACUGUUCUUGCUUGAUGAAUGUGGUUUCCAGAGGAGCCUAAUAAUCUGAGGUCACAGUGGCUUGAUAGGGCUUAAGCUUCAGAUACCAAUGUGUUCAGCUCUUUGCAGCUUCCGCUUAGCUCCUAAUCUGUGAAUAUUGCUGUUCGGCCAAAUGAUUCAUUUCUUGCCGAUUUCUGCGCUAAAAUAGAUAGCUUUGGAUAUGAUAAGAACACUGUAAUGUAUUUCCUCUCAGUUAACUCUUUUACCGCACUUAUACCUGCAUCUUGUACGUAAAAUGCAGCCAUAAUUCUGCUGUGCUAUUAUUUCUAUACAUUGAACUGCUAUGAUAAGAUUACAAUUUGAGAUUCUUGUGCUUCUGAUAUGGAGGAAAAUGUUUUCCGUUGUGAAAUCACUUUUUGGGUGAUUUUCGAGUGUUUGGUUGGGUAUGAAAACAGUUGGUGUCUGGUAACUGUCAAGGUGUAGGAUACGGUAUGAAGAUUAUGCUUUCGUGAAAUUUUUGUGUAUUAAAGGAUGACAACAAUGUCUAACUUUUGAUUGAUACAAGUGAGAUUGAAUAAGAUUUUGAGAUAUUUGUAGAGGGAAAUGACUUCCACCUAUGAGUGCCGGAAGUCAUUUUCUCCAUUUUGUGAGAAGACAUUGUCCUUGAGGAAAACAUUUUCCAGGAAUACAUUCAUUGCACUUUUCAUCAUGCCAAACAUUAUCUGUGACUAGAAUGCAGCUGCAAUUAGCUUGACUUGUUACUUGUUUUCUGAAUUACUGAUAGAGCGGUCUCUGAUACUUGUUGGAAGCAUUCUGGUUGUAUUGAGGAUAAUAAUGCAGCCUUGUAACUGAUUUGGCUAGGCUUGUGUUUUUUCGGGUUGUACUCUGUGCUAAGAGGGCUCUCAAGUUUAUAGUGGUCAUAAUGAUUUUAAGUUGGUAAAGGUUUAUGACUAAAUCUGGUGAUUCUACCAGAGUGGCCUGUAUAGACUCAAUAAGAAAAUUCUCCCUACUUAA